UAAACAAACGGACCAGUGUAACGUACUUCUAUGCGAUUAACAGCGCACAAAUAAUGACGUCGUUUGACUGAACAGUGUUUUUCGUCAUCAUUCUGCGACUGAGCUGGUAAAUUUGGCUGUCGUCGUUCUGGAGAGCAAAGAAAAAUGGCUCCAUCACCCACAAAACGGAAGGAUCGUUCCGAGGACAAGGCCAAGGAUCGAGGGAAAGAGAAGACGGGCACCAAAGAGGGGGCGGAGAAGGAGAGAGGCAGAGAGAAAGGCCGUAAGCGUCGCAGUGCCUCCGCUGGUACUAGCAGCAGUAGGUCCCGCUCCAGCUCCACCUCCAGCACCAGCUCUGGCUCCAGCUCGGGCUCCUCCAGCGGCUCCAGCUCGUCCUCCGCCUCCAGCCAUUCUGGCUCCUCCAGCUCCUCCCGCUCGUCCAGCUCAUCCAGCUCCUCCCGCUCGCCCAGCGUCAACCGCCGUCGCCACGACAACCGCCGCCGCUCUCGAUCCAAGUCCAAGUCCCUGAAGAGGGGAGAUGAGAAGGAGAGAAAGAGAAGGAGCCCAAGUCCAAGACCCACCAAGAUCCACCUGGGCCGGCUCACCAGGAAUGUUACCAAGGAUCACAUUCAGGAGAUUUUCGCCACCUACGGGAAGAUCAAGAUGAUUGACAUGCCGGUGGAUAGGCUCCACCCACACCUCUCCAAGGGCUUCGCCUACGUGGAGUUUGAGACUGCGGACGAGGCAGAGAAGGCCCUCAAACACAUGGAUGGGGGUCAGAUUGACGGGCAGGAGAUCACGGCCUCCGCCGUCCUGGCGCCGCGGAUACGCCCCGCCCCCCGCAGGCUCUCUCCCCCCCGCAGGAUGCCCCCGCCCCCACCGGUCUGGCGCCGCACCCCGCCCCGCAUGAGGAGGAGGUCCCGGUCGCCGCGGCGACGCUCUCCGGUCAGGCGGCGUUCCCGCUCCCGUUCCCCCGGGCGACGGCGCCACCGGUCCCGCUCCAGCUCCAACUCGUCCCGGUAGAGGGGCCGCCCCGGUCCCCUCCACACUCAAGAGAGCCCCAGUUCCUCCAUCCUUCAUCACUCUCUCCCUCCUUCCUUUUGUCUUUGGCUUGUAUUUGAUCAACAGUUGUCCUUCACUUUGAUUUGGCAAGUAAUACAAACGUUACUUUUCUUCACAAAGCCAAGUUUAGCUCUGUUCCUGAAACAGAUGAAUCCCUAUUGCGUUUAAGUGUAAGUCGAAGUGAAAGGACAACGCUGAUUUGGACCCCAGUCUUUGAGUGGCGAGGCCCUGUGGGUGGUGUGGAACCCCAGCCUUUGAGUUACGAGGCCCCGUGUGUGAUGUGGAACCCCACACACAGCUCUCUCUCUCUGCUUUAUUAUUUUUUUUGAUCCUCUGCUGGUUUUUAAAUCUUAUUUUUUUAUUUCUCUCACCCCCUCCUCUGUUCUUGCAUUACCUUACUUCACAGAUUUCUGCUAUAUUGAAGGGUUAGUUCUGGAGUUUAAGAUUAUAUUUCGGUGUCUGUUGUAGCCCAGACAGUUUUUGUGUGUGAUGUAGGAUAGUUGAGAUGCUUUCUGGCCUGCAGGAAUUACAGUUAUGGGCACCGGGACAUUCAGGGGUUUGUUUUCUUUGACACAGAAAAUGCACCCCAACUCCUUAAUGUUUCUGUGUGAGCUUCGUUUGGUGUUACUGGAACUGGACCAGGAAGCCCCCAAAGCCCCUGUACCAACAAUUAUAAAGCUGCCAGGUUGUCAGUGUCCAACAUAUCUUUUAUUGCACCCAGAAACUGUGAGCCAAUCAAUUAACUAAAACUGAAAUAUCAAAAGCUCCCAAAAGUGGACUGUGACUAAGGGCUCAAGUGGAGACCCACUGAACUGUUCCCCUUUUCUGCCCCCUUCCCCUUCCUCACCCAAUCAGGUUUUAUUAAAGGAGUUUUUCAUUGGUUGUGAAGCCGCUUGUAUUUUGUGCAUUGUACAUAUAGGCGUGUAAAAUGUCAUUGCUUAGGCUAACCUUCCCUCUGUGGGACAUGUCAUUUUUCCACACUGCUUUUUUUAAAAUUGAGUUUUGAAAAUAAAAGUAGGUAAAAUUUGAAACGUCAA